AAGACGCGCAGGCGCAGUGAGCCGCAGUGAGAGAGAAAAGGCGGCACGGCGCGCUGUACACAAGUCAUCAUGGCUGAUCACGUUCCUGAGCUCGGAGUCACGGACAAACAGCAACAAUCUCCACACUCGUCUCUGAUAGACGAAGACACAGAGACCCCUCAGGAGGACACCAACGGCGUCAAAGCUGAUGCAGAGGAAAACCUGCUGGACAAAUCGGACGGCAAGGAUAAGGAGAAAACAUCUGGCCGGAAGUCCAGUCGUUAUCACCCCUAUAAGGAACGUCACGGAGGGUCAGGGGACAAGAAGACGUCCCAGCGUAACCGCGUGUUCAUUAGCAAUAUUCCUUACGAUAUGAAGUGGCAGGCAAUUAAAGAUCUAAUGAGAGAGAAAGUUGGUGAGGUUACAUACGUGGAGCUGUUUAAGGAUGCAGAAGGAAAGUCAAGGGGCUGUGGAGUUGUGGAGUUCAAAGAUGAGGAGUUUGUUAAGAAAGCGAUUGAAGUGAUGAACAAAUAUGACCUCAGUGGCCGACCCCUGAACAUUAAAGAGGACCCAGAUGGAGAGCAUGCACGGCGUGUGUUACAGCGAGGUGGGGGUGGUUACCCUGGAGGCAGGGGGCAUGACAGCGGGCCUGGUCAGGUCAACCUACCCCCCUCCAUCUCUAACAACCCAAACAUUCCCCCUGAUGUCAUCGGCGCUCUACAGCACGGCCGACUCGGCUCCACCGUGUUCGUUGCUAAUCUGGACUUUAAGGUGGGCUGGAAGAAGCUGAAGGAAGUAUUUAGCAUGGCUGGAGUGGUGAAGAGAGCAGAUGUGAAGGAGGAUAAAGAUGGGAAGAGCAGAGGAAUGGGAACGGUCACCUUUGAACAAUCUCUGGAGGCUGUGCAGGCCAUCUCCAUGUUUAAUGGUCAGAUGCUGUUUGACAGACAGAUGCAUGUUAAAAUGGAUGAUAAGUCUUUGCCCCCUGAUGAUUUCCGCUCAGGUGACAAAGCCUCUCAGCUGCCAAGAGGUCUGGGGGGUAUUGGGAUGGGUCUGGGUCCUGGUGGGCAACCUAUCAAUACUAAUCGUCUGAGUGGAGGAGGAGGAGGAAUGGGUUCCAUGGGUCCUGGAGGGAUGGAUGGAGGUGCAUUUGGAGGAAUGAACAGAAUGGGAGGAAUGGGUGGAGGAUUUGGAGCUAUGGAUGGAGUUGGGAUGGGUGGAUUUGGAGGAAGAGACAUGAUGCCUAUAGGCAGGAUGGGAGAUGUGUACAGGUCUGGGAUGGGAAUGAUGGAUCGUGAUUUUGGCCGCAGUGAUAUGGCCAUGAACAGACCCUUUGGAGACUCAUUUGGGGGACUGGGUGGAGGAAUGGGUGGAUAUGGAGGAGGAAUGGGAAACUCUGGCAUGGGCUCAGGAUUAGGAGGAGGAGGAGGAAUGGGUAACAUGGGAAUGGACCGAAUGAGUGGAUUCGACAGGAUGGGCAGCAAUAUGGACAUGAACCGCAGCUUUGGCCAAUUUGGAAGCAGCUCCAGUCACAUGGGUGGAGACAGAGGGGUGGGGUCAAAGGGAGGCUGCCAGAUAUUUGUGAGAAAUCUUUCCUAUGACCUGACGUGGCAGAAACUGAAGGAGAAGUUCAGCCAGUGUGGUCAGGUGAUGUAUGCAGAGAUAAAGAUGGAGAAUGGGAAGUCUAAGGGCUGUGGGACAGUGCGCUUUGACUCCCCAGAGAGUGCUGAGCAGGCCUGCAGGAUGAUGAAUGGAACCAAAAUAAAUGGCCGAGAGGUGGAUGUGCGCAUCGACCGUAACGCCUAAACACACACACACACACACACGCGCCUCACAUCUCCUUAUUCAUGUUCAUUCCCUUUAAGAACUUUUGUUUUGUUUUAGAAACACUUUUCUGAACAUUUAGACUCAUCUGUCUCUCUCUCUCACACACACACACACACACUACAAAUAAUCGGCAGACCUGGCUCCGGUAAAUGAUGUGCGUAAUGUUUGUUUAUAUGCCAUGACUACUUUUUUUGUAAACUUCUUUUUAAUUUGCGCGUCACCAGUUUAUUUGAAUGAAGAAAUUAAAUAAACUUUUUAAUUUUUAA